UAUGUGAAUGCCGAUGGUAAAAAGUCUCGAUCUCAGGAGAUUAUGUGGCCUGCACCCCCACUGGCAUGCUCAUACACGUCUCCUCACCUGACCAUUUUCAGUGAAAAUGCAGUGGAUAUAUUUGAUGUACGAAAAAGCGAGUGGAUCCAAACUGUUCAUCUCAAGAAGGUUCGAUCCUUAAAUCAAGAGGGAUCUCUCUGUGUUUUUGGAACAGAGAAAGUUCGCUUAGUGUAUCUACGUAAUAAAUUAGCAGAUCAAGAUGAGUUUGAAGUGCCGGAGACAUCAGACAACAGUCGGCGACAGCUGCUGAAGACAAAAAGCAAGAGGCAUUUCUCUUUCCGGAUUACAGAUGAGGAGCGGCAGCAGCAGAGAAGGGUUAUGAUGAAAGAUCCUCAAUUGAGAUCAAAGCUAAUCUCCAGUCCUAAGAACUUUAAUCAUUUGGUA